AUGGAAAAUAAUAAUAAUAAUAAUAAUAAUAAUAAUAAUAAUAAUAAUAAUAAUAAUAAUAUUGUAUUAUUAAAAUGUGUUUCACAAAAUUAUGAAUGGGGUAAAUAUGGUUCAAAUAGUACAGUUGCAAAAUUAUUAAAAGGAUAUGCAAAAGAAUGUAGUGAUAUUAUAAAAGAAACAAUACCAUAUGCAGAACUUUGGAUGGGUGAUCAUGUUAGUGCGCCAUCAAAAGUUGAAUAUAAAAAUAAAGAAUUAAAAUUAAGAGAAUAUAUCGAUACAGUACAAAAAGAAAUAAAUGAAAAAUCAUCAACAUCAUCAUCAUCAUCAUCAUCAAUUAGAGGUGAAAUUGUUGAAAAAAGAUUUGGUAAUGAUUUUCCAUUUUUAUUUAAAGUUUUAUCAAUUAGAACAGCACUUUCAAUUCAAGCACAUCCAGAUUCACAAUUAGCACAAGUUUUAUUUAAAAAGUAUCCAAACAUCUAUAAAGACCCAUAUCAUAAACCAGAGAUUGCAAUUGCAACAACUCCAUUCGAAGCAUUAUGUAGUUUUAGACCAUUAUCAGAAAUUCAAUCAUUUAUAGACACAAUACCAGAAUUUAAAAAUUCUUUACCAAAUAAUUUAAUAAAAUUAGAUGAUUGUAAAGAAUAUUUAAAGAGUAUUGUAACAUCAUUAUUAAAAGCAGAUGGUUUAUUAAUAUCAAAUAAUUUAAAGGAAUUAAAUAAUAGAUUGAAUGAAAAGAGGGAGGAGGAGAGAGAUGAUUUGGAUAGAUUGGUUUUGAAACUUUAUUCACAAUAUCCAGGUGACGUUGGGGUAUUCUUUGCAUAUAUUUUAAAUUAUAUUGUAUUGAAACCUGGUGAGGCUUUGUUUUUAGGUGCUGGUGAACCACAUGCAUAUAUAUCGGGUGAUUGUGUUGAAUGUAUGGCACCAUCUGAUAAUGUGGUUAGAGCAGGGUUAACACCAAAGUUAAAGGAUGUAGACACCCUUGGUGAUAUGUUGACCUACAGAACUGGGAGACCUGAUCUAGUGGUACCACAGCAAAGACCCGAUUUAUCUUUAACUAAUUAUCGUUGUUAUCAACCACCCGUUGACGAAUUUCAAGUGGAAUACUAUCAUUUAGAUGAUUGCUGUAAAAAUAUAAAUGUAUACUCAAGUAAAGGUCCUUCAAUAGUUUUGGUUUAUUCAGGUAAUUUAUCAAUUGAAAACAAAUCAAAUCAAUCAACUUUAAAUAAUCUUCAUACAGGUUCAAUCUUAUUUGUACCUGCAAAUACUGAUUAUCAAUUCAUUCAAUCUGAUUCAUCAAUACCUGUAUCAAUAUAUGUUGCAAGUGUUAGUAAUAGAAUUUUUAAUAAAAAUAAUUUGUAA